CGCGGGCAAUGCCCAUUUUCACACACACUCCUUUAAAUGCUUCAUCACUCUUCUGCUUCUUCAUUCGUCUCUCUCUCUCUCUCUGUUCUUUUCUUGGUUUUUUUGUCGUUCCGUAUUCGGAAUACCGAAAAAGUUUUGUUCUUGAUCCUUUCUUAUAGAGCUUUCUCCAAGCUCUUGCAGCCGGAAUUCAGCCUAAACUUCUGUAUUUUGUUCGUUGUUUGUCGUUAAUCAUCUCGUUAGAGAUAUAAUCAAGAAGAUAAACAGCCCGCGAAUUACUUGCCCUUUCAAGACGCUGCUGUGUCUACAGUUUCCUUCUGAAACACUGUUCUGCAGUUUUCGCAUUCUGACUUUUCUUGCGGUACAAGAAAGAGAGCACUCCUAUAUUGUGGAUCGAGAGAUCCAAAAUGAGGGAGAAACUUGUUACGCAAGGAACGAUAUUUGCUCGUAGCUUUAGCCGAAACGAGCAGAAGAAACUAGGCUAUGCAGCAAUCGUCGUGUCUCUUCUCGUCACCUUCAACAUCUUCGCCGUCCUUACGCCUUAUUUCAGCCCUCUUCCAGUCUUGAAGCUGCAGCUCUCAGUGGACAGAAGUCUCAGAAUGCUGAGGAUAAACAACUCGUCAAUGGGAGAUUCAGAGAUUGUUAUUAUCUCCGAUCUGAACCAUGAAAACAACAUCUCAUCAACUGUUCCACAGAAACUGACCAGUUCAGACACGCCCAAGAACGCGAAUGUCGUCUGUCACAAGCUCGCAAGAACCGAGUUCUGCCAACUGAGCGGUGAUGUAAGGAUAGAAGGACAAUCAGCGACCGCGUUUGGGAUCAGGUCUGCGUUUUCGGAGAGCCCAUCGUGGAAAAUCAAGCCUUACGCAAGAAAAAGAGAUAACACGGCGCUAAAACGCGUGAGAGAGUGGACGAUAAGAUCAUUAGCACCAAACGCGGAUCAAGAAAACGCUGGCUUUCCGCUUUGCGACCGCAACCACAGCGUUCCGGCCGUGCUUUUCUCCCUGGGAGGCUACUCGCUGAACAAUUUUCAUGGCUUCGCAGACAUUUUGCUUCCUCUCUUCCUGACAGCACGGAAAUUCAACGGCGAGGUUCAGUUUCUCGUAACGGACAAGAAUCCAUUGUACGUCGACAAAUUUGGAGAAGCAAUCAGAAACCUGUCGAGUUACGAACUGAUCAAUAUAGACGAAGAAAAAGAGACGCACUGUUUCACAAACGCGAUCGUGGGUCUGAAACGCCACAAUGACUACAAUAAAGAGAUGUACAUCGAUCCAUCAUGGUCAGGAUUCACGAUGUCUGAUUUCAGACAGUUCAUAAGAGACGCGUUCGCGUUGAGAAAUGCUGCGGUGGCCAUUAAAUCGAAACCCAGGAUCCUGAUACUGUCGAGGAGAAGAACACGGGCGUUUGUAAACACAGAAGCGAUGGCAAGAAUGGCUGAGCAGAUGGGGUUUGACGUUGUGGUUGAGGAAGGAAACGCAAACCUUACGCGUUUCGGACAGGUCGUGAAUUCUUGCGAUUUGAUGAUCGGCGUUCACGGUGCUGGAUUGACGAACAUGGUGUUUCUGCCUGAAAACGCGAUUCUGAUUCAGGUCAUACCGAUUGGUGACUUCGAGUGGUUGGCAAGAACGGAUUACGAAGAGCCGGCGAAGGCAAUGAAUCUGAGUUACUUGGAGUACAAGAUAACUCCUGAGGAGAGCUCGUUGACGCAGAAGUAUGGACGCGACCACGAGGUUCUGAAAAACGCGUUUGCGGUUGGAAAACGUGGGUGGGAAACGUUCAAGGCCAUUUACAUGGCGCAGAACGUGAGUGUGGAUGUGGACAGAUUCAGACCGGUUCUUGUCAGAGCUCUCGAUCUUCUGAAACAGCGAAUGUAAUAUCGA